GCCGCAGGUGCAGCCGCAGCCCCCGGCAGCUCCCCGCCAGGAGCAGGAGAGUUGGCUCCGCAGCCAAGCUCAGCCCUCGGCUGGGUGUGGGAAUCAGGCCUGUGCUGCCACAAGCCCUUGAAUUCGGCCUGGCAUCCAAGUGUCGUCUUACCCUUUUUGCCCCGGCCUCCUCAGUGCCCUCGUUCCCGGAGACCUAUUUCUUUGCCCGGGGGCGCAGGAGUGGAAGGGAGCUGGCAGCAGCCUAAGGAAGUUGUUGGAAGUUAGGUUGGAAGAUGUGAGCAGCGACUUACAGGAAAAGCUGCUGCUUCUGGCAGGUAUUGUUGUGUAGGUUUUUUAAUCAAGCACAGCAAAUACUUGGCAAUUAUCUCGUAAGGAGAAGCCCUGGGCUGCAGCAUAGCUCCUAGUGGUCCAUUGUAAGCAUAAGGGAAUGGACCAAAGUGUUUGGGUCUUGUAUGUGUCAACCCUUUAAUGCCUUUUCUGAAAAGACUUGGAGUCAAAACCUUCGUGAUAUUCUGAAGAGAUGCUGGUUUUAUCAGAGUAGCUCAGCUUCCUAGGCUGUCUAUCCUGAAGACUGGACUUUUGCCAGCCUGCUAGCUUGUUGCCGUGGAAACACCUAAACCCACCUAGAUUUGUAGAAGUAAGGAAGAGCAUGGACACCUCUGCACCUCGCUUGUGCGAGUGGCCAUGUGGAUGUUGUUACAUAUCUAGUGGAAAACAAGUGUAAACUAAAUCUUCUUGACAAUGAUAACAGAUCACCGCUGAUGAAGGCAGUACAGUGCCAGCAAGAAGAGUGUGUGGCUAUUCUGCUAGAGCAUGGUGCUGACCCGAAUCUGGCAGAUGCUGAUGGCAACACUGCCCUUCACCUCGCUGUCAUAUCUGCUAAUACAUCUGUAGCAGGGCUGUUACUUGAGCAUAAUGCCAAUAUUGAUGCUCACAAUAAGGAGGGAUAUACCCCGCUUUUUCUUGCUGUCUCUGAACAUCAUGAAGAGAUAGUAGAGUUGCUCCUUAAAAAAGGAGCUGAUGUGCAUGCUCGAGAUCAGUGUGAAAGAACCCCGCUUAUGACUGCUGCUUCUGGCGGGGAGCUUAAUUUGAUAAAAGUUCUUCUUCGGUAUGGUGCUGAUGUUUCCCAUAAAGACAGUCAGGGAUGGACAGCUGAGGAUUAUGCUGUUAUUCAUGGAUAUUCUAGUCUUAGUGAACAACUGGCAGAAUACACAGACUGGGAAAACACAGGAGAAGCUUCUGCAGGUGGUGCACAAGGCAUCACGGUACUUAGCACUCCUCACCGGACGGGAGCUGCUGGCUUUACGUUGGGUGCACCUGCUAUGGACAGAGGAGGAAUGCAACAAUCUCCUAACCAGACAUCAAGAACAGGAAAAUCAAGGAAAGCAAUAGAUGACUUUUCCCAAGGAGACUCAAUCAGAAGCUCUGAGAAAGAGGGGAGUGAUGACAGUUGGCAUACUUCUGAGGAAGAAGAACUCGAUUUUACCCCCAAGAAGCUGCAGAAGCCAAACUUGACACUGCUAAUGAAAGCUUCCCAGCUGUUCAGGAAAAACAAUGAUGGUGAUGGUUCUAAAAUUGAAAGUCCUAAGACACCAAAGAGCCGCCUCAAACAAAGAACCCCGUCACAUGCAAACCUGAACAAAGGAGUACGUGGAGAAUUGUUGAAUCAAGAUGUCUCAGAUGGAAGCAACUUUGAGGAAGAAGAAUUGGAGGAGAAGGAUGAUGAUGAAAAUGAGAAUGGAGAUGAUGAUGAUGAAGAUUCUGAGGAGGAGGAGGAGGAUGAAGAGGAUGAAGAUCUGGAAGAUGAAGAAACUCGGUCUAAUGACAUACUGGAGGAGGAGCAGGGAGAGAAAUCAGAACCUAAACGGAAAAUUAAUCAGAAAUUGGAGUAUUUUAGUAAUGCUAAGUUUGAAGGGCAAGCUCAGUGUGGAACUGGAGAUGUCUAUGAUGAUAAAAUAAGUAAAGAACUUGAUGAAGAGGUGGAGGAAUCUGUUGAUACUCCUGUGUCUUUUAUAGCUGGGUGUUUUGAAAGGCUGCAGGAAAAUGUAACUGCCAUGUCUCCAAAGAGAAUGAAUAACGAAGUAUCUUGCAAGUCAGUACCAAAACAACCUGUCUUUCAAAAUGUAAAUAAUUUGCAAAAUACACAAGAAAGCUGGGGCAGGAAAAGCAUGAUUCAGAAGUUUCACGAGAAUGCUGACUCCUUUUUGGCAGACUCUGAAAUGACAGGCUGUAAAAAAGAGCUACUUCAGCCUCUCUCACAUAGUUGUGGUCUUAAAGAGAAAAAGUCGAACUUUGGUGAUGACUUUGAAAGUGGUAAUAAUUCUUCGUCAGCAGCAAAAAACCUAAGGCUUCAAAGUCAAAGACAGAACUCUGUCGUUCUUGAACACAUGGAUGAUGAAGAUACCGAAGAAGAGCAAUAUGAACAAGUAGAUGAUAAAGUCUGUGAAGCACUGAAACAAAGUGAAAGCUUGCACUCAAAUAGGUGUGAAGAAAAUUUAAGAGCAGCAUUUCACUCAAGCACCAGAGAAGAAUCACCUCAACGGGAAGAAGAGGGGAAGGAAGACACUGGUGAAGAGCUCCGAACUACAGUUGUUGAGAGUGUGAAAAAUUCUAUUUGUAAUGAUAGCCAUCAAGUCCACAAUGCUUCAAAAGGCAAUGCUGGCCUUCCAGAGAAACCCAGCAACUCCCAGCUGAAGGCUCCUGAAUCUGUUUUGGAAAUGAGCGAAACCUCUCCUAAAAAAAGGCAGCAGAAAUCAGGUGCCCUGCCACCAGUGGGAGCAGAGGAGGAUGAAGAUGAUGAAUCUCCCUGGGAUUCUGAGAGUAUAGAGACGGAUUCUGAAAGUAUGAGAAAAGGAUCGUCCGGUGUGUUGCUCUCAGCUGCAGACAGACGUGGAGCGUCCUCACAGGUUGCUUCAGGGGAACACAACAAUGGCCUUCCAGAGAAACCCAGCAACUCCCAGCUGAAGGCUCCUGAAUCUGUUUUGGAAAUGAGCGAAACCUCUCCUGAAAAAAGGCAGCAGAAAUCAGGUGCCCUGCCACCAGUGGGAGCAGAGGAGGAUGAAGAUGAUGAAUCUCCCUGGGAUUCUGAGAGUAUAGAGACGGAUUCUGAAAGUAUGAGAAAAGGAUCGUCCGGUGUGUUGCUCUCAGCUGCAGACAGACGUGGAGCGUCCUCACAGGUUGCUUCAGGGGAACACAACAAUGGCCUUCCAGAGAAACCCAGCAACUCCCAGCUGAAGGCUCCUGAAUCUGUUUUGGAAAUGAGCGAAACCUCUCCUGAAAAAAGGCAGCAGAAAUCAGGUGAGUACUCAGGAUCUACCUCUCACGUGUCAUCAUCAGCUGCAAAACAAGACAUCAAGGAUGCCAUUGAAAACUAUGGAGUGCAGGUUGAGCUGGAAAAAAGCAAAGAAAGAUGUUUCAAAACAGAGGAGGUGGCAAAACAGGAAGAUCUUGAUAAAUUCAAUACACCACCAGGCAACGUUACUAAUCAGCAAAUGAAACAAAAGCUUACUCUAAGGAAGAAUGACUGUUUGAAAAUGGAGAAUGAAAACACUAUAGAAGAAAAAGACAAAAAGAAUUUAGAAGAAAAAGACAAAAAGAAUUGUUCACCUGAGGAGAGAUCAAAAUUGAUUAAAAUGCCAAUGAAAGGUAAAUUUGCCCUGAAUGCCAAAGUUGCAAGGAAAAAUAAAAGACAGACUUCAAAGCAGAAGGCUAAUCAGCAGAUGAGCUCUUCCAGUGGCAAUCAUUUUCAAGUACUGGAUGACAGCACUUUCAGUGAAACGUCUCAAGAUGAUGGAAGACUUGCAGCAAAAACAGGGACUGAAAAGAACAAGGUCAGCAUACAGAUGGAUGUAACUGAUGACCUUGAUUUAACUCACUCAUCUGACACAACUUCAGAGGAUGUUGAAUUGCCAACUUCAAUCUACAGAGAGGCUAUGUUGCUGUUAGAACAGCUUAGUGUGGAUCCUAGGGGUUCUGCUGUUUUGUUGAAAAUUCAAAACAUACUUCUUGAAUAUGAACAGAUAAUAGAACGUGAAAAAAAUCGGUAUACAGCUGUCUGGAGAGCAUUAAGGAAAUUGGAAAGUGAAAAGGAGGAGUCACAAUUAAUGGCAGAAGAGACUAAAGAUUGGAAAUCCAUAUUGGCUCACCAAGAAGUAGAAUGGAAGAGUGAUAUCCAAACCCUUAAAUUUACUUUGAAACAAGAAGAGGAAAAGAGACUCAGAGUAGAAACACUAUAUGAGAAAACAAGAGAAAAACUCAGAAGAAGAGAAGAUCAAUGUUGUAAAGGGAUGGAGGAGAAACAGCAACUUGAGUUACACUCAAGGAAUUUAGAAAUGGAAUUGUUAACAUUGAGAAAGGUCUUGAAACAGGUCGAAGAAGAGCGUGAUGAAACACAGAGGCAGCUCUCUCAGGAAAAGAGUGCCAGAGCCCUGCAAGAAGGAAUUUUGAACAACCACCUUUGGAGACAGAAGGAACUAGAAGAAGAGGCAAGAACUACAGGAAAAAAUGUAGAAGAAUCUGAGACCAAGAGAGAAAAGGAUCUCCUGUACAAAAAUCAGUUACUACAAGAUGAGAUUGCUAUGCUAAGACUAGAACUUGAUCAAGUACGACUUAGGCACCAAGAGGAAAAAGGAAAAUAUUUAGAGGAAAAUGAGACCUUGAAAGAAAAGAAUGAAGAUCUCAAAAAGGAACUUAAACUGAACGAGGAAGCCUUAACGCAAACAGUUUUUCAGUACAAUGGACAGCUGAACUUAUUAAAGACAGAAUCUGCAGUGCUGACUUCCAAACUUGAGCAGACAAAAGAAAGCAAAGACAGACUAGAGACAGAAAUUGAAUCAUUUCGUUCCCGCCUGACCACUGCUGUUCAAGAACUUGAACAUCAUCAGUCAACAAAAAGUGAUGUCGAACGAACGUUUCAGAGAGAACGUGAUGAAUGGCUUCGCUUGCAAGACAAGCUUCAUCAUGACCUCUCUGAUGUGCGAGAAACCAACAAGAGCUUAUCUCAGCAGCUGAGUAAAGCUGAAAGCAAAGCUAAUAGUCUAGAAAAUGAGCUUCACCAGUUGAAACAAAUGCUCAGAGAAAAAACAUUGCUUUUAGAAAUGACACAAAAAGAAUUAAGUCAAGCCCAAUGUCAGGCAAAGGAAUGUGAUCGUGCUCGACAACUUGAGAAAGAUCAAGUAAGCAAAUUUAUAAUAAAGCAGGAAUCCAUGCAGGAGCGUUUGUCCCAGCUCCAGAGCGAAAACCUUCUACUCCGUCAGCAACUGGAAGAUAUGCAGAACAAGGGGAUCAUCAAAGAAAAAGUAGUGAAUGCUGUGCAGGACCGAUUUAAUGAUAUUUUCAACAAACUCAGAGCUGAUACUGAAAAGCAAGUUUACCUGGUAGAAGAGAGAAACAAGGAAUUAAAUGUCAAGUGUACUGAUUUAAGAGACCAAGUCUUUAAAUAUGAGACUGACAAAGUAGAAAGAGAGGGCAUGGUCAGACAGCUGCAGCAGGAGCUUGCUGAUGCUCUUAAAAAGCAAUCUAUGUCAGAAGCUUCACUUGAAGUUACUACGCGUUACCGCAGUGACCUGGAGGAAGACAAAUUACGCUUGCAAAAGGAAUUGGAAACGGUUAAAACCAAGUUGCAGGAGUUGGAAGAACAGCGUCUUCAGUCUGAGCAUUGUGUUCGUGACUUGAAGACUGCCUUGGAUAAUAAGGAAAGAGAAGUCACAGCUUCUUCCCAGAAACUGCAAGACCUCCUGUUGGCAUCUUCAGGGGCUAAUACUACUGUAAAACAACUGGAAGAACACGUGCAACGCCUUGAAAUUGAAAAUGCCAGAUUGGAAGCCACAGUCCAUCAACAGAGCAGUAGGAUUGAAGCCCUUCAGAGAGACCUGCAAGCUUCUGCCUCAGUUCAUAACCGCCUGGAAGACUUGAUAACUGGCUUACAGACAACGCAGGCAGCUGUAGAAGACCACCACCAGCAGCAGAUGCAAAAGCAGAAUGUUCUGGCUUGGACAUCAAAGGACGCACACAGCAUGUGGGAAGAACAAUUGAAGUCAAGAUACCACCUUGAAGAGCGUGUUGCUCAGCUUGACAGGGAAAAGGCUGAACUCUUGGAACAGUGUGAGAGUGAAAGAAAGCAAGCGAAGAAGCUGGCAGAGUUGAAACGCCCAGUUGAACUGCGUCUAGACCAAGAAAUGAAAAGAAACAUUGAACUGCAAAAAGACUGUAAGAGGUUGAAGAGGCUUCUGAACAGAGCUAUGAAUAAACUAAGGAUGUACAAGGAGAGAGAGUCCCAGCUUCAUUUUCAGGGAGAAAUGAAGAACAGGUAUUCUGAAAUGGUCAAUGAAGUUGGUAGAUUAAGAGCAAAGGUUGGUGAACAUUCCCAGCAGCUGGAAAUAGAGUCUAAAAAAUGCAUGCAACUAGAAGCACAAAAUCAGGAUUUGCGAGAAGAACUGUCCACCAUGCAUGGGAACCAUGAAGAACUGGAGAAGAGCAAAUGCCAGCUGAAAGAAGAGGUGGCUAACCUCAAACAUCAUUUGGAGACUAACAUGGUGGAUCAUAGCCAAAUAGAACAAUAUAAAAGGGAGAUGGAAGAACGAACCAGACAAGAAAUAAGACAAAGACUACAAGAAGUGAAUCUGUUUUUGCAGACGCAGGCAGCCUCCCAGGACAGACUAGAACAAAUCAGAGCCAAUCAUCAUGCUUCACUGAGAAACCAGCUAAAACACAGAAUUAGAGAUCUCGAAUGUGAAUUGGACAGGAUAAAAAGUACCCAGAAAGACAGUAUUUUUCAAAAAGAAUCCACACAGGCAGAAGUGGAAAGGUACAAAGGGCUGUAUCUGGAGGAAGUAAAAAUUAGAAGAUGCCUAGCCAAUAAACUGCAAAGGGCUAAUGAGAGACUAGCAGAAGCCAACGCUAAGCUUCUUCAGGAGCGCCAUAGAAGCAAAUCUUUAAUCGCAAGCAGCAUUGUCAGUGGAGGUCUGGCUGCAAGUCCUGUUCUGUAUUCAGCUGAACUGGGACACCUUGGCAACAAUUUGGCACUGAACAGAAGUGUAAGUCUAGGAGGAAGCUUCCUAAGCCCAACUGGGAACGCAUUAGCAUCGAGAAACAGAGUUGAAGCCUAUGUGGCUAAGGUACGGCAGGAACUGGAUGAAAAAAUCACUAAAGAACUUGAACAGGCCACUGCUGAACUUGAAGCUGGAUCUGCUGGAGCUUCUCCCAUGGUAUCCAUUGAUGGUUCUUCAAAAAAUGUCCAUGUUGACCAGGAUCCCCUUUGCAGGGCAAUACAGGAGUAUCGUGAUGUUUUAACCAAAAAUUACAUGAUUUGAACAAAAUGCUAGGGAAAGCCUCUGGAAAUCAUUUUGUUUACAUAGUGCUGUGUCAUGGUUUAGGCCCAGCCGGUAGCUGGGUGCCACGCGGCCGCUCACUCACCCCUCCCCCAGCGGGAUGGGAGAGGAGAAGUGUAACAAAAGGCUUGGGUCGAGAUAAGGACAGGGAGAGAUCACUCACUAAUUACCGUCACGAGCAAAACAGACUGAAUGUAGAGAGGAGAUUCAUCUAAUUUAUUACUAGGCAAAACAGAGUAGAGCAAUGAGAAAAUACAAUCAAGUCUUAAAACACCUCCCCCCACCCCUCCCAUCUUCCCGGGCUCAACUUCGCUCCCAGCUUCAACCUCCUCCUCCUCAGCGGCACAAGGGGGCAGGGAAUGGGGGUUGUGGUCAGUUCAGCACACAUUGUCUCUGCUGCUUCUUCAUCCUCAGGGGGAGGACUCCUCUCAACAUUCCCCUGCUCCAGCAUGGAGUCCCUCUCACGGGGUGCAGGCCUUCAGGAGCAAACUGCUCCAGCGUGGGGUCCCCCACGGGGUCACAAGUCCUGCCAGCAAACCUGCCCUGGCGCGGGCUCCCCUCUUCACGGGUCCACCGGUCCGGCCAGGAACUUGCUCCAGCGUGGGCUUCCCACAGGGCCACAGCCUCCUUCAGGUGCCUCCACCUGCUCCGGCAUGGGGUCCUCCACGGGCUGCAGGUGGAAUCUCUACACCCCCUCAUCUUUCCUCCGUGGGCUGCAGGGGGACAGCCUGCUUCACCAUGGCCUUCACCACGGGCUGCAGGGGGAUCUCCGCUCUGGUGCCUGGAGCACCUCCUGCCCCUCCAUCUGCACUGACCUUGGUGUCUGCAGAGUUUCUUACAUCUUCUCACUCCUCUCUCCGGCUGCAAAAGCUCUCUCUAACUUGUUUUUUUUUUUCCCCUUCUUAAAUAUGUUAUCACAGAGGCACUGAUUGGCUUGGCCUUGGCCAGCGGCGGGCCCGUCUUGGAGCCGGCUGGCAUUGGCUCUAUCAGACACAGGGGGAGCUUCUAGCAGCUUCUCACAGAAGCCACCUCUGUAGCCCCUCCCGCCACCAAAACCUCGCCACACAAAACCCAACACAUGCUGUCUAGGGUUUCCUGUUCCAUGGUUCAGUUGUGAAAACUUGUAUGUUGUAGUCUGAAUAGAAAUUCUAUUAAAUGGAUGUCAAGCACAUUGCACUUACCUGUUGGUUUAUUGAUGCAUAGUUGUUUUAUUUUGCACUCACAAUAAGAACCAUAUCUAUUUUUUCUGACUAGCAGAUUGACUAAUCUUGAUUCUUGAGCAUGACAAAACUGUCAAAAUGUUUCUUAUUAAGGCAGAUGCAUUAUUUUGCUUCACUUGUGUUCUGUGUCUUAACAAAAGCAUUCCCUUUGUUCUGUUUAAUUCUUUCACUCUGUGUUUUUAAUGUUUCCAGUGUUUGUUUUAAUGCUUAGGAUGUUAUUUGAUGUGCUUUGAGCCUGCUGCUUCAGUCCUGAGGCAGUGAAUAUUUCCACUGAUAAAGUGAAAGUUUUACCGGUGUUCAAGCUGGAGAAUAGGGCACUUUACAUUGCUGUCACUUUAUGCACAUUAGCUUUAAAAAUACUGUGAGUGUAUAGUAGUGCCAAGAAAGUUGUUAUGAGGUCUUUUCGGUACGUUUGCUUUGUAUCACAGAACCACAGAAUGGGUGAGGUUGGAAGGGACCUUGGGAGGUCAUCUGGCCCAACUUUCCUGCUCAGGGAGGACCACCCAGAGCUAGUUGCCCAGGACCAUGUUGGCUUUUGAAUAUCUCCAAGGACAGAGACUCCACAGCCUCCAUGGGCAGCCUCUGCCAGUGCUCGGUCACCCGCACAGUAAAACAGUAUUUCCUGAUGUUCAGAGGGAACCUUCUGUUUUUCAGUUGGUGCCCAUUGCCUGUCAUGGUAUUCAUGUUGAUUUUUGUAUUAAAAAUUGCUGCAGGAUUAGACACUUGCGGUUCCUGUGUCAACAGCUGUGGUGCACCUGAAACACUUCAUACGGGGGGGAAAAAAGGAAUGUUAAUAUAUCAACCUUCAGACUCCUCAGUAUUUUCCAAAACCUGUGUGAUAGGAUAGCCGAUCUUUUUGUUGCUGCUAGCAGCUGAUAAUACUAGCUGUAACCCAGAUGUUGGCCACUCUUAUGGGACACUUGUGUCAAUAAAACAAGCAGUUUCACUUUUCAGGGAGUUGCCUUUUGUUACUGAAAAGCUGCACUUGUCAUUUUGUGUCUGCAAAAGUCCCUAGCAAUCAGAAGAUAAUAGAGCAAAGUCCCAAUUCUGGAAAAGGAAGAAUGGUUGUACUGAGAUGAAAAACUUAGGGGGUUUACCCACUAAUUCAAGGACUUGGGUGAACAGGCAGUGAGGAACGCAAUGAAUGCUGCUGUGACACUCUGUUCCUUUUUAGAUGAAUACAUUUUUGUGAAACUAAUACACUGUAUUUAAUUCCAGAUACUCUGUUCCAACUUGAUAUUUAAUAAACUUUGUAGUCUA